GCGGGAGUGAGGAGAGAGCACCUGGAGCGAGCCUGCUGGCCCCAACGCUGCAGAACCGUGGGCCUUCUCUUUCGGAAAACCCUGCGCGCUCCACGGGCAGGAUUCCGUGUGAAAACAAAAGAUUUCUUUUCUGUAGGAUGCUUGAGCCAUUAAUGAGGAGUGCUUGUGAAGAAAACGGAGUAUUUCUCUGACGCCUAUAUCCUGCUUUGAUUUUCUUUUCUUGAAGUAUUACACAUCAGGAUGUCUGCACAGUCAGUGGAAGAAGAUUCAAUACUUAUCAUCCCAACUCCAGAUGAAGAGGAAAAAAUUCUGAGAGUGAAGUUGGAAGAGGAUCCUGAUGGUGAAGAGGGAUCAAGUAUCCCCUGGAACCAUCUCCCUGACCCAGAGGUUUUUCGACAGCGAUUUAGGCAAUUUGGAUACCAAGAUUCACCUGGGCCCCGUGAAGCUGUGAGCCAGCUUCGAGAACUCUGCCGUCUGUGGCUAAGGCCAGAGACACACACAAAAGAACAAAUCUUGGAGCUGGUAGUGCUGGAGCAGUUUGUUGCCAUCCUACCCAAGGAGCUACAGACUUGGGUUCGAGAGCAUCAUCCAGAGAAUGGAGAGGAGGCAGUGACAGUGCUGGAGGAUUUAGAGAGUGAACUAGAUGACCCUGGGCAACCGGUAUCUCUCCGACGACGAAAACGGGAAGUACUAGUAGAGGAGAUAGUGUCUCAUGAAGAAGCUCAGGGAUUACCAAAUUCUGAGCUCGAAGCUGUGGAAAACCAACUCAAGUGGGCAUCCUGGGAGCUCCAUUCCCUAAGGCACUGUGAUGAUGAUGCUAGGACUGAAAAUGGAGCACUAGCUCCAAAGCAGGAAAUUCCUUCAGCAGUAGAAUCUCAUGAAGUUCCUGGCACUCUCAAUAUAGAUGUUCCUCAGAUUUUUAAGUAUGGAGAAGCCUGUUUCCCCAAGGGCAGGUUUGAAAGAAAAAGAAAUCCUUCUCGAAAGAAACAACAUAUAUGUGAUGAAUGUGGAAAACACUUCAGUCAGGGCUCAGCUCUUAUUCUUCAUCAAAGAAUCCACAGUGGGGAGAAACCCUAUGGAUGUGUUGAAUGUGGAAAAGCAUUCAGUAGAAGUUCCAUCCUUGUGCAACAUCAGAGAGUCCAUACUGGAGAAAAACCUUACAAAUGUCUUGAAUGUGGAAAAGCCUUUAGCCAGAAUUCUGGGCUUAUUAAUCAUCAGAGAAUCCAUACUGGGGAGAAACCUUAUGAAUGUGUUCAGUGUGGGAAAUCCUAUAGUCAAAGCUCAAAUCUUUUUAGACAUCAGCGAAGACACAAUGCUGACAAACUUCUGAAUGUUGUGAAAGUUUAAGAAAUUAAAAAAAAAAAAAUCAGCACUCAGGUCUUUUUCUUCAGAAAUGAAGACAAAAUAAACAAAAUGAUUCAUGAUAGUUUUAUUUCCCUAUAGACUGCUAGAAAAUCCACAGGGAAAUAUAGAAAAUUGUCACCCACCAUUAUUACUUUAUCUUGAAAGAAAUGGUGUCAUACCUGCCUAGAAACUGAAAAUUUAAACUUAAUUCAGGUGUUAAUGCCUAAAUAUUCCAUGUGAUGUUUAUAUUCUUAUUAUUUUUCCAAAUAAUGAACUACUUUAUU